AUGGCUGUGAACGGUUUCUACGUUGUACAGGGAGAGGCGAAUGCGGUUGUUGCGCUGCUCAAGAAGGCACAUCGUGGUGCCUGGCCGCACCAGCAACAGCACGUCCAGCUUGGCCAUUCGCUGUUGGACGAGACCGAUCCGCUGCUGAGGAAUUUUGCCGAUCUGCGUGACGUAUUCAGUUCGGUGAACGAUCUGACGGAUAUGAAUCCGAAUACAUUCCUGAGCCCGUUUCUGGACGUAAUCCGUUCGGAUCAGACGAAUGGACCUGUCACAGCACAGGCACUUUCAUCAGUUGCUAAAUUU